AUGCGCACACACAUUCCAAAUCAGUCUGUGCAAAACAUACCUGGUCAAUGCAGAUCUUGUGGAACAUGUGUUCGCAGCCAGGCGCCCCUCAACUUCUUCAGGAUGUUUCGCUUUGGCACUGCCGCCGAUAGCGGACGGGGCGACGCCAAUGGCGGCCGCGGCAGUCCUUCGGCCAGCGGCGGAGACGGCGACGAAGACGGCGAGGGGAGGAUGGUGCCCAUCAUCAUUGUGGGCAUCCGCUCCAUUCAGCCGGGCAGCGGCACGGGACAAGAAGACGCCAGCAUUCCGCCCUUCCUCGACGCCCUCUCGAGCUUCCCGACUCCCCCGACUUCACCCGGUGACGCAAGCAUCAUCCAACCACCGCAGAACGGCACUCGCUUCAGCCACCGGCGGCGCGCGUCCAUGGGCGGCUUCAACUUUCCCACGAGCCACGAUGGCCAACGACAACACCGUGCAAAUGCCCAAGACCGUCCCCGCCCAUGGUCGUCUGUCACCGACUCCCCACCAGGCCCCCAACCUCCGCCGUCGACACCAGCAACGACGCUCAACCUCUCGGCUGGCCCGUCGGGUGCCACGACACCUGCCACGUCUACCUCGCCCCCGUCUCCCACGACACAAUCAUCAGCACCCUCUCGGCGGAACAGUUUUAUUCGCAGAGGCGCUGGAUCCACCCUGGAACCGACGGCAGAAGAGCCGCAAGCGCACCCGCGCAACGCCCGACCACGUCGGCUGAGCGAGUCCGACUUUACACGAUAUGGUGCGGGUGCACCCCGGAGGAGAGGCGUGGUGGAGCCUGACAACAACCCCGGCGAAGGCUCGAGGAGCUGGAUCAUCUACGUGCUCGGAGGCAGCUAUCCUGAGAAUCAUCCCAUCCUGACGACUCCGAGUCUCUUCACUGACUCGCCGACAUACGAGGACAUGAUGCUGCUCUCGUCGAUUCUGGGACCUGCAAAGCCGCCGGUUGCAAGUGAGGAGGAUGUGGCUUCAGCCCCUGGUCUGUUCAGGAUCCACAGCAAUGCCGGUGUGCUCGUGGCCGAGGCUGCCGAGGGCGACGAAUCCAUUCAUCUUGUUCCAGGUGCACGCUGCCUCGUGUGCUUAUGUGACUUUGAGGCGGAUGAGGAGGCACGGAAGCUGGUCAAGCGGCGCCUGGGCUGUCGCCACCGGCGCCGUCAUCGUUGCCACGCAAUGCCGACGCUAUGCUGCCGUUCUGCAGCGACUGGAGAAACGUAUCAAAGGUGCCGUCGCGCGUGGCCGCCUGGUUGUCGUCGCCCACGAGCGAGGCGGCCGUGGCAGCGGCGGCCAGCGAGAGCAGCCGGGACAGCACGUCGGCCUGGUCCUCGCCCUGGCGCAGCUGCUGGACGUUUUCCAUAUUCUCGCCCUCGUGCCACAGCGAGCGUCGCCUGCGCUGGUGCCCAAUCAUGUUGCGUAGCCGCCGCUGGGCGGGAAUAA